UCUUACAAAAAUAUAGAUUGCUUUACAAACAAAAUGGCUUAAUUGCAAGUUUGGUCACUCGAAUUGCUACAAAAUUUCAUGUUUGGUCACUCAAAUUGAUUUAUUCCAUUCGUAGUCACUUAAAUUAGUUGAACAGUCCAACUUUGGUCACUCUCCGUUAACCUCCGUCAAACUCCGUUAGUCAUGUUAGUUAACUGCUGACGUGGCUAACAGAGGUGCUUAGUCAUCCUAUUUUACAAAAAAAAAAAAAAACAUGCCACAUCAUUAACCCCUCAAUAUUUUAAAGUCCACCCAAACCCAAUCAACCCCUGACCCGAACCGAAUCCCUGAACCAACCCAUUCACCUGUUCCCCCUCUUCUUCCCCAGCUCCGACCCGAAUCGCCAUUACUGCCACCAAAUCAUAAUCCCAGAUCUACGGCGAUAUCCCGAGAUAGAGAUAGCCGACAAGAUUGAGUGGGAAUGGAGGGAGACGCGAUUCCCAGAUCAUUUGACGGUGAUGGCUUUGGACACAGACCUUGACAGCGACAGACAAGGUGUGAAAGAAGGCUAGGGAUCCCCGACCGCAAUCGAGAAGACGAAGGCAUCGUUAGGCUUCUUCUCCCCCGCCGUUAACCCCUCUUUCUUCUCCGAAUCGAAACCCACAGAUUCCCGUGGGCAUCUUUUCCACCUCUUCUUCGCCACCGUCAACCCGCACAAGAGAGAAAGAGAGUACGAAGGGAUGACGCCGAGAGGGAGAUAGCUCCCGUAGAUCUGAAUCGUCCGCGACUCUGGAAACGUCAAAACCUAGGAAGCCUUCCAUCUCUCCGAAUAGAGAACCGACCGGCGAAGCUGUCGUGGUCCUCCUGGUCUAUCGUUACCAAGGCGCCGUCGUCAUUGAUUCACCAGCACCACCGACACUGCUCUUUGAUCUCUAAUCUCAGCAGGGAACAUAGAGAUCUGCUAUUGGGGAGGUAGAAGACGAAGGUAAAGAAGAAGGCGCGUUGGGAGGGGAGGAAGCGGUGAACAUGGACUGUUCUGGCAUCCAAAAUUCUUUGAAUGGAGUGUUUGUUAAUGGUGUGAGGGUUGAGACAGGUGUGGUUAGAGAGCUUUGUGCCGGUGAUGAGGUGUUGUUUGUUUGUGGAAAUGAAGGUAUUUGUAGCUUAGGUAUUCGAAUUGGGUUUGUGAUUCAGGGCGUUGUAUUGACAGAGGAAGUUAUCUGGGGAUUGGAUAGGGCUCAGUUUGAGAGGAGGAGGAAGAGGUUAGUUGAGAAUACCGCCUCGAUGAGGCAUUCCCAAAGAUCAAUUUCAACUGGAAAGAGAAGCAAAAGAGUCUUUCCUUUCUCAGAAGGUGAGAUAAUGUCACCAUGUAAUGAGUCUUGGAGACCGGGAUAUGGUGGCAUUACAAGAAGAGCAAAGUCUCUGCUUAGUCAAUGUCUGCAUAUAUUGCACAGUGAUGAUCCCAUGAGCUAUAUUAGAAAGAAGAAGAAGGCGGAGGUCAACAAGGGUCGGGUUUGGUUUUUUUCAUCAGAUGGGUUAAAAAGUUGGCCGGGUUAGAGUUUCUCUCUUGGGAGAUUGAAUGGGGUCGGAGCUAGGAAAGGAGAGGGGGAACAGGUGAAUGGGUUGGUUUAGGGGUUCGGUUCGGGUCAGGGUUGAUUGGGUUUGGGUGGACUUUUAAAAUAUUGAGGGGUUAAUUAUGUGGCAUGUUUUUUUUUUUUGUUAAAAUAGGAUGACUAAGCACCUCUGUUAGCCACGUCAGCAGUUAACUGACGGUACUAACGGAGUUUGACGGAGGUUAACGGAGAGUGACCAAAGUUGGACUGUUCAACUAAUUUAAGUGACUACGAAUGGAAUAAAUCAAUUCGAGUGACCAAACAUGAAAUUUUGUAGCAAUUCGAGUGACCAAACUUGCAAUUAAGCCCAAACAAAAUUAUAAGGGCAUUGCUAUUCGUCGCCCUAAAAAUCCUUAUUUAUCGCCCUAAUUAUAUUAACUUUACUCUAAUAUCCUUGGUUUCAAAUCUAAACCAAUAACCAUGUAAUCAAAUGCAGUCAAGCACUGCACCACCAUAAAUCCGAAAGCCGGAAGCUCCACCGUCCAUGUCCCGUAAAUCCGGUGUCCACCCGAUGUGGAAUCGGCGGCUCCGCCGCUACUGAGCCGGGAGCUCGCGGAAGAUCGAAAAACUAUCAAAUUUCAUUGUCAUUGCCUCGUGUUUAGAGAGAGGGAGAGCAAGCAGAAGCGAGAGGCAGAACCACACAAAUAGGAAAGGAAGAAAAAGAGGAAUCAUAGCUAACUAAAGUUGUGAUUGCAGUAACCAAGUCAAUUUCACAAACACACAGAAAUCAAAACAGCGGCGAAGGGUUUGGGGAACGAUAGCGGCGGCCGGCAAUCGGCUGGUGGACGAGACGACACAAUGAGGUAGGGAUUAGAGAAAUUAGAAUUUGGGGUAUAAACAUCAAUUCAGUAUGGUUUAGGGCAAAAUUUUUUAAAAUUUAGGGCGAUGAAUAGCGAUUCAGAAUUAUAAAGAUCAACGUUUACAAGUAUGAUAAAAAGCCAAAUGCAAGGAGAAAAAAAACAAAACAAAAAAAUGUCUCAUGUAAUCAUGAAGCAAAGAGAGGGCCUUUUGAUGAAUCUUAUAGGCUACCCUAUUGUUCUGUCAUCCUACAAACCACAUCAAAACUCCUGGAGAAGAUUUUGCAACCAAUGCACCUCUUGUAGCACCCAGGGCCGUCCCAUUAUAUUCGGAGGCCCUGUUCGAAAAUUUAAAUGUGGCCACACAAAAUUUUCUCGCAAAUGUGUUCAAAAUAAAAAAUAUUAAAUAAUAAUAAAAAUUACACAACUUCAAAAAUUUAUUACAAAUUAAUAUUAUUAUAUAUUAUUAAAUAUUAUCUACACUUAGAAACUAUCCUUUUGAAAUUUUUGGGUUGACAUAAUUAAAAAUUAUAACCAAAGAUUAAUAAUUUCAAAUUUUCAAACAAUAUAAGUUCUCUGCAAAAGAAAAAGAAAAAAGAUUAUAACUUAAAACAAGUUGAGUGGGAGACUGGAUAGUAGGGAUGAUGACUUAAUCAGAAUUGAGUAUGAACAAUUCAUAUUUAAGCGUUGGAUGCUUCUGGGAAGUUGAGAAAUUUUGGGGAAAGAGAAGAAUAAAUAAGUUAGCUGAUAUUUAAAUUCAACAAACCAAUUGUAUCUUAGUGGUUGAAUCUUUUUAUAAUUAAGAAGAGGUUGGUGGUUCGAUUCUCCUCCCUCCCUCCCUGCGUCUAUGUACAAUGGGUUUUUGUGUGGCCAUGUGGGCUUCCUUAGCCCAAGCGGGCCUCUUGUCUUGUAACAAGGGGUUUUGUGUGGCCAUGUGGGCUUCGCUAGCCCAAGCGGGCCUCCGGUCGUAUGGAUUAUGGGCCCCCAAAACUUGAGGCCCUGUGUUGUGGGUCUGACCAGCACAGGGUCUGGGUCGGGCCUGGUAGCACCGCUCCUCUACUGCUAUCAUGAAUCAAUGGCAUAUUAUCCUUCUGAAUCACUCAUUUAGCAUCCUCUUUAAAAUAUACCAACUCAAUUCGACUUGUCAACACGACUAUAGUGCAUCCUGAAUUGCCAUAAGCCCCCACCAAAGUUGAAUCCUCCAUAAUUGCAUAACAACCCUCACGUUUGCCAUCACUAUGCUUCCCUUUCGCAUACAAAAUUAAAACGCUCCUCUUCAAAUGUGAGCUAACUCGAAGUAAAUCGUCAAAUGUACAUAUCAAAACGUCGAAUGCAUGACACUCGAACCUACAACCGAUUAAGUAAUAUUAAAAAGUUCCAAACAUCCAAUUUCACAAUCUCAUAUUAAAACUUAGACGCCUCCCAUAAAUCCACUGCCACAAGGAAAAGAAGUACCAAGUACUCCAUAGUCUUCGAAUUUCCGCAACAUAUAGGUAUGUACUCCAAGAGCUCUACUUCCUUUAAAUGUAAAGCGUCUAUUGUAGGAAGAAUUCAAUAGAGAGCUUGCCAGAGGAAAAACUGAAGUUUGGGUGGGAUUGAAUAUUGCCAAACUUUCUUCCAUAAAGUUCGAUCCAUCAAGCUGGUCUCAUACUUCCAGCAACCCAUACAACAACUUAGCCUCAUAACAAGGUGAUACCAUGAUCCACUACUUGUCAUUAACUAUGACCCUUUUGGAAAGUGUUUCCUUUUAUAAAUCAAAGCUAAUAAGGAAUAAGAUUCCUCCAAAUAUCCGACAUCCAAUUUUUUCUAGCAAAGCCCGAUUAAACUACUCAAAUCUAUGGGGGCCAAACCUCGCAAAUCACGCCUGAUUUUCUUUCUUCAUGUGUCGUGGAUGAUGGAUGAAUGUGCAAUUCUAGCUUAUUAUAACCUUUCAUCAUCUUCUCUAAUUCAAUUCGAUCGCUUGUUUGAGAGGCAUAACUCUCUAGCUGAUGUCCGGAUAAUAAAUUGUGGUGUAUUUGAGACAUCAAAGGUGCAUCAUGGAACUUUUUUUUGGCUAAUGUGGAUUGGUUGCUUGGUGGAGCUGAAUCGCUUCUCACCUUAACAUACAUAUUCAUAGUAUUGGCCUUGACGCAAACACUUUGGAAAGGGAACGAAUCCGAUAACAUGGGUGAUGCAAGCCCUGGUUCAUUGAUCUAAGAGGAAAACAAGGCCUCUGACUCCUAGCUUCUAGGCAUUUCUAAUCCAACUUGAGGUUUUUGUGAUUCUAGAGAAUACAUGAAAUACUAGCUCAAAACUUCCCUAUGUAUUGUUGAUAUGAUAUUUAUGUAUGUCUUUGCAUGUUGGGACCAAUUCACUCUAGGUAGCUUAUUCUCCUUACCCCUUAAACAUUUCUUGAAUUGCUAAAGAAUGAGUCACCAGAUUGCUUAAACCAGAAAAUGAAUGCUACAGAAUGAGUCACUGGAUUGGUUAAACCUUUCCUUGAAGUUUUGUUGCCAUUACUCUAGAUUCGUAUGCCUCUCACUGCGAAUCAGGAACUCAUUGCAACUCGCAAUAAUUAGUCUUCCUACUAAACUCUAUACUAUUCUGACAAGGACUGACCCGUCUCUGAGGGUCAAGAUGUAUAACUGACUCGACCCACCCCUGUUUUCUUCUUGAACCUAUAUGACCCUCUAGGGUCGGGGCGGGUCAGUGAGAGUUGGGUUGGUGGGUCGACCCUUAUCAACAAACUGAUUUUUUACAAAUUAUGUUUUGGUGCCCAAAAUUAUUUUUCUUACAAUUUAGUACAUAAUUUAUUUUUUUUACAAACCAAUCCUUAAAUUUUUAUGGUAAAAUUACAUUUUGGUACCUAGUUUUUUUACAAUUUAGUCCCUAAACUUUUAAAAUUUUUCAAACAGCUCCAUGUGUUGGUAUGCGGAAUUUCAUAUGUAAAGGUCACAGUGUCAAAAAGUAACCUGACUCUAAACUGACUCGAUCCUACCCGAUCCUUACAGGGUCAAAAGAUGACUCGACCCUAAACUGACCCGGUAGACAAACUGAUCCAGCUUGACCCUCAGGGUCGGGGCGACUUAGUGGAUUUUUAGGGUCAAGUUUACACUCCUAAUUUUGACAAGACACAACAAGUAUGACGAAACAGAAGAACACCCCCCAAAAACAAUACAGGAGCAUCGAAUCCAAGCAUUCAACAAUAGACUAGAAGGCAUCACCCUUGGUGGAAACAACUCCCAGUAUUUUUUUUCAAUCGACAGGGACGAUUUACAAAGAUGGGGACGACACAACGUAAGUUAGCUUUUUUAUUCUUUGAUUAGGGGUCAUCUGGUAUCGCGACAGAGACAAAGUGACGGUGACGACGCAUGAAUUGAUGGCUAUGUUUUGCAGAAUAAAUGGAGGAAACGGAGAAUGAUCAACCAAGUUCAUUAGGUGGCCUUGGGAUUUGAUCGACAACGGAGUCGUCAAAAGUGAUUUCGAUAGGCCACCGGAGAGUGAGAUUGAGGAGACAACGAUUAAUUUUUCAAGUUCUUUUUUAUCCUCGCCUUUUACUGUUAACGGUCUUCCUCUAGUCUCCUAUUUAAACGAGAAGAGGGUUUGGAUUUCGGAUCGGCGGCAGUGGAGUUCGUCGGACAAAUUUAUGUGCUUCACAGUCGGAAGGCGAGAGAUCGAGGAAGACGCUAAGAAAUGACCUCGUUUGCUUGUUUAUUUCAGGAAAAAAACGAAUGCAAUUAAAUGAAAACUAAAUGGAAAAGGAAAAACAUCAAAGGAAGACACCCCGUUAGUUUGACGGUGGUAGGGUUCGGCCAACUUGUUCGAUUAGUAUUGGGAUUGGGUUAAAUGAAUCCAAUCAAUGUCACAUUAGCUCCAUGUGGCCCAAUAAAAAUCAGCUCGGUACGGCAGUUUUUAUGGCUGCACCGUAGUUUCCCCAUCCUUCAUAUACUGGGCCCAUGGAGCGGGAUUCCAGUAAAGCCCAAAAUGACGAAGAUUGUUUUGCAUAAUAUCCACCCAACACGAAAACUGAAUGCAGCCCGCCCAAUAGUCCAAAUCAGAGAACAAGGGAAAAUAUCACUCACCCUUUGCCCAGUCUCACCCCACACAAGGAAAUUCCGAAAGUACCCCCAGUAACCGGCACCAGCCGGUAAUCCUCCUCUCACAAUCUGUCUGAUCCAGCGGCACUAUAUAUAAGCUAGCCAGGGUACAAAAAAGGGAAAACCGCUUCAACCUUUUCCCCAGCGCCUUCUCUCUCUCUCUCUCCUCAUCGCCAUCAAGACUUCCUCUCCCCCUCACUUUUCUCAGAUCUCUCAAACGCCAACCCUCAAAAUCCCAAAUCCUCUCGCCAAUCCUCUCCCAACAGACAGAUCUUCCUUCUUAUAAAUCCUUCAAGAACCUAUAAAACUACCGUCUUUUCGAAAUCUUCUCCCCCCCUCUUCCCCCCUUUCCUUUUUCCCUCCUCAAUUUGGAUCUCUUAUCCUCAUCACUGUACCACUCGAUAAUCGGUUGCAAGAUUCCCACGAUCGCUCGUAACCUGGAACCCUAACUUGUUCCCACUUUCGCGAUUUUGAUCCUUCAUCUGAUCUGUUUGUGGGUUUACUUUUCGUGGGUAGAGUCCGGUUUCUCAUAUUUGUGGGUGGAAAAGGGGCAAAAAGAGAAACGAAAGAGAACCCUAAUCUGGAAAAAGGAAAAAGAAACAGGAUUUGAUUUUGUGUUCUGGGUAUUUUUUUUUUUUGAGAAACGGAUUCAGGGAAGAAAAAACCUGAUAUAUGGCGGAACAAGGAGGCUUGGAAGGGAGCCAACCGGUGGAUCUUUCCAAGCACCCUUCUGGCAUUGUUCCCACCCUACAGAACAUUGUGUCGACAGUGAACUUGGAUUGCAAAUUGGAUCUAAAGCAAAUCGCUUUGCAAGCUCGUAAUGCAGAAUAUAACCCUAAACGUUUUGCUGCUGUUAUUAUGAGGAUCAGGGAACCUAAAACCACGGCACUUAUCUUUGCCUCGGGGAAAAUGGUAUGCACCGGUGCUAAAAGUGAACAGCAGUCGAAAUUGGCAGCCAGAAAGUAUGCUCGAAUCAUCCAGAAGCUUGGUUUUCCAGCGAAAUUCAAGGACUUCAAGAUUCAGAACAUAGUUGGCUCAUGUGAUGUGAAGUUCCCAAUUAGACUCGAGGGUCUGGCGUACUCUCAUGGUGCUUUCUCAAGUUACGAGCCGGAGCUGUUCCCAGGACUGAUUUAUAGAAUGAAACAACCCAAGAUUGUACUUCUCAUUUUUGUCUCGGGCAAAAUCGUGAUAACAGGAGCUAAGGUGAGCUUCCGUGUAUAUAUACCUAUAUCUUGUACUUCUACUCUUUGUGCAUCAGCAUUGUGAAAUGACUUGUGCAUCGUUCUCAUGACACUACAGGUUAGAGAUGAGACAUACACAGCCUUUGAGAACAUAUACCCUGUGCUUACUGAGUUUAGGAAAGUCCAGCAAUGGUAUGCUCACCCCCCCCCCCCCCCCCCCCCCCCCCCCCCCUCUCUGCUACUCAUAACUAACUCUUACAGCAGUGCUUCAAUAAUGUUCUUCUCUGUAUGAUUCAGAUUUGGGUUCGAUAUCACGGAGCUCUUGGCCUGGUGGUCUGGGAAUGGAGAGCAUAUUGGAGAUUUUCUGAUGGAUGAGGUCUUCAGGAAUUGGCAACUGUCCAUUGAAACAGGAGGGAGGGAUGGGGUUCUUAAGAGUUGGGUGGCUGGGAGUGUUGAUGUUUGUAAUUAGGUCAAUCUGGUGCUACUCCCGCCAAAUCUGGGACAGUUUUCUGUUAUAUGUAACGUGCCAAACUGUUCUGAUAGACUCAAUCCUAGAAGAACGAAGGGAAGGAAAAAAGAAAUGAAGAAACGGGUUCCAAUUUUGGUGUCGGAUCACAGUUAUUAGAUGGAAACGUGUAGCUGUUGGAGAAACAAACUGUUCCUUUUCUGAUCUUAAACUUGAUUGAUUCAAGUUUGCUAAGGAUUCUUGAAUUGAACCCCCUACUUACUAGAAGGGUUGAGACUAAAACAGAGCUAUUAGUUUCUCUCAAUUUUCGUUACUAAGCAAUGGGCUGUUAUCAAAUCGCGUUUAUAUGAAUGGAUUGAAAUGGAUAUUGACAUAAUACAAACACUCAUUUUGU